AUGUUAUUCCGCUUUUUUGCAACUGAAGUAAACUGGAGAAUUGUCUUUCUUCCAGGUUUUCCGUCAGUUGGUAAAUCGACGCUAUUAUGUAACCUUGCCGGUGUUUACUCGGAAGUAGCAGCAUAUGAAUUCACUACUCUCACGACGGUACCAGGUGUCAUUCGCUACAAAGGUGCCAAAAUUCAGCUAUUAGAUUUGCCUGGAAUCAUUGAGGGUGCAAAAGAUGGAAAGGGGCGUGGUCGACAAGUGAUUGCUGUAGCACGAACAUGUUCGUUAAUUUUGAUGGUACUUGAUGUUAUGAAGCCUCUGCAACACAAAAAAUUGCUUGAACAGGAAUUGGAAGGCUUCGGCAUACGAUUGAACAAAUCACCGCCAAAUAUUGUUUUUAAACGUAAAGAAAAAGGCGGAUUAAAUUUAACUUGUUUGGCUCCACAAUCAGAACUGGAUACGGAGAUAGUAAAAAGUAUUUUAGCAGAAUAUCGUAUACACAAUGCUGACGUAUCUCUAAAGUAUGAUGCCACAUCGGAGGAUUUAAUCGACGUCAUUGAAGGGAACAGGAUUUAUAUCCCAUGUAUAUAUGUUUUAAACAAAAUCGAUCAAAUUUCAGUAGAGGAGUUAGACAUAAUAUAUAAAAUCCCCCACUGUGUGCCCAUUUCUGCGCAUCACAAAUGGAAUUUUGAUGAUUUGCUAGAAAAAAUAUGGAAUUAUUUAAAUCUCAUUAGGGUAUACACCAAACCGAAAGGACAGUUGCCUGAUUACAAUGCGCCCAUCGUACUACCGGCAGAAACACGAACUGUGGAUGAUUUAUGUUUCAAAAUUCAUAAAACUCUUCAGAAAGACUUCAAAUUUGCAUACGUUUGGGGAAGUUCAGCGAAACAUAAUCCGCAAAGAGUGGGGAAAGAACACGUAUUGAAUGACGAGGAUGUCGUACAAAUCGUCAAGAAGUAG